AGAGAGAGAGAGAGAGAGAGAGAGCGAGAGAGAGAACGAGAUCAUUUGGAGACGUUGGUGCAGUGUGCACCGUUCACUUGGUUUUGGGGAGUGAAUCAAACAGCCAUGGUGAUAAAAGUCUUUAUAGCAUCAUCCUCUGGAUCGACAGCGAUUAAGAAGCAGCAGCAAGACAUCAUGGGUUUCCUUACUGUCAACAAGAUUGACUUUGAGGAGUGUGACAUCGUCACUAGUGAAGACAACAGGAAGUGGAUGAGGGAGAACGUACCUGAAGACUUCAGACCAAUGACGGGUGUCCCCCUGCCUCCACAGAUAUUUAAUGAAGAACAAUACUGUGGGAACUAUGAGGCCUUCUUUGAUGCCCGUGAGGAGCACGCAGUGUAUGCCUUUUUGGGCUUAACAGCCCCUCUAGGCUCCAAGGUAAAGACAAUGGUCUUAUGGACAUACUCAGUCUGUCAAAACCACAGGAAGCAGAGGCCUUGGCCAGACAGGAGCAACAGUAGCCAUAUGGUUUUGGUUAGUGGACCACAGUGCCCUCUCCUGGCGUCUUCCAGUCAGCUCUACAGCAGCCUGCCAGUGCUCGUCUGGAACACGUCUUCUCAGACCAAUCAUAGAGCUUUAUUUUGUUGUAAAAUGUAACCAGUCUGGUAUCAAAUUGACCAACGGAGCAUGGCCAAAUGUUGUGUUGUAUGACAAUUUAUUUAAUGUGAUAACCUUGUAAUGUUUCAAUAGUUCAAGCCAAUGCUGGGCAGUAUCCAGUGUUCAAUAUGAUUUUGAAAUCAAGGCAGAAUGAGUUCCCAAAUACUAGGCAUUUAGUAGAUCAUAUAGACAUGCUUUACACAUUUGAGAAUAUUUAAUUCAAUAUAAUUCAAGAUAUUUUUCAACUUUGAUAAUAAAAUAGUGUUACUUCACUA